CUGGGAGGAAAGCACCAUGAGACAGUGAUAACCUUUGCUAACUCACGAUUGUACACAUCAGAGCAAGCUAACCGACACGACGAGCCCGGUAACCGUGUGUCUUACGGCGUUAUUCAUGGAUCAAAUCUUGCGUACAGUAUGAGUCAGUGGUGCAGGAAGCCUUACCACUGUGCACUCUGACUGCGCUGGCCUAAUAUAAAAGUCUGAUCUGCAUCCUGACCCAGAUGCAAGUGCAUAUCGCUCCGGAAAUUGCAAACAUUUUCGCCUGUACUCACUAUAGCCCGCGGCAAUGCACAUUUCCGAGGCGGAACUCAACGGUAUUCUGGGUGCUAUACUCCUCUCAGGAACCUUCUCGUGGAUGUUGUACGGCUGCACCUGCGGCCAAGUGUUGUACUACGUCAACAAUUAUGCCUCCACUGAUCACAAACAUAUCAAAAUCCUGGUCACCCUCGUCUGGAUGUUAGACACCGGAAAGAUGAUCAUGGGGACUGCGUGUGACUGGGAUAUCCUGGUUGGAGGUCGCGGCACACCCGCGCGCUUUGAGGGUCUACCUGGCAUCCUACCUGGCAUAAUGUUCUUCGGUUGUAUUACUAUUUUCAUAGUCCAUUGUUGCUACUUGUACACAAUAUGGAAGUUCCUCAAGCAAUCGGACCGUCUCUCGCGAUGGCAAUUCAUCAUGGCACCUCCGCUGCUCUUCGCGACAGGAUCACUGGUUGCAGGCCUAGUGAACGCUGCACAUGUUGUCAUGACAGACAAUAUUGAAGGCGCUUUGGCAAAGAACAAGCUGGUUGGACCCAUGCGUCUCGCCUGCGCAGUGAUCACUGAUAUCUACAUCACUGUGUGGUUGUGCUAUCAUCUACAAGAUGCGAAAACUGGGCAGGAACCCUCCGACAACAUGAUAACCAGACUCGUCAACUACGCGAUCUCUCGAGGGAUGUUUACGGCAAUUGCCCAAAUCCUAGCUGUUGUUCUUCUCCUGACUGACGGUACGAGUAAGACGUUGUAUUCCAUGAUAUUUUACGUACCUGCAAGUGGGCUCUACGUCAACUCCCUUCUGUUCAUGUGGAAUGUGCGGCACUACGUCAAGAAGGUCAGCAUGCCGACGAAUCCCAGCAGAUGGAGCAACAUGGUCCUGGACCAUGCGGUCGAUUCAGUUCCAAAGGAACUACUCUCCAGGGAGGGUUCGAGCCCACCGUCAUGAUUCGUAGACUCGGAGAAUCAAGUACUUCGAAUGCUAGUCCUACAGAUCUCUUUUCAAGCAACUGUAGCAAAGGACACUCGGAAUUUCAUAUUCAGACCUCACACGCUUGACCGACUUGGACACAGGUAAAUGGGCGAAGAGAUUCUGAAUCCGCCCUGGCUAGAUAA